UGGCAUUUGGGUUACUUCCGUCUCGGGGGCGACUAUAGUGGCCUGCAGCGCCAGGGGACAGGCAGAGCGAGGUUGCUAUCCACGCUCGCCACGGCGAUGCUGGGGGGUGGCUCCGCGGAUGGCGAGCGCGACACGGACGACGACGCGGCGGGGGCGGUGGCCGCACCUCCUGCCAUCGACUUCCCCGCAGAGGUGUCGGACCCCAAGUAUGAUGAGUCCGACGUCCCGGCGGAGCUCCAGGUGUUAAGAGAGCCCCUGCAGCAGCCCACGUUCCCGUUCCUCGUGGCAAACCAGCUGCUGCUCGUCUCCUUGCUGGAACACUUGAGCCAUGUGCACGAGCCCAACCCGCGUCACUCGAAAGAGGUGUUUAACUUGCUGUGCCAGACGUUUAUCAAGAUGGGGCUGCUGUCUUCCUUUACUUGCAGUGAUGAGUUUAGCUCUCUGAGGCUCCACCACAACAGAGCCAUCACUCAUUUGAUGAGGUCUGCCAGAGAGAGAGUCCGUCAGGAUCCUUGUCAAGAUAAUUCUUACAUGCAGAAAAUUAGAUCCAGGGAGAUAGCUUUUGAAGCACAAACUUCACGCUACUUAAAUGAAUUUGAAGAGCUCGCCAUCUUAGGGAAAGGAGGCUAUGGGAGAGUUUACAAGGUCCGGAACAAAUUAGAUGGUCAGCAUUAUGCAAUUAAGAAAAUCCUGAUUAAGAGUGCAACUAAAACAGAUUGUAUGAAGGUGCUACGGGAAGUGAAGGUUCUGGCGGGUCUCCAGCACCCCAAUAUCGUUGGCUAUCACACUGCGUGGAUAGAACAUGUUCAUGUCCUGCAGCCGCAAGACAGAGUUCCCAUUCAGCUGCCCUCUCUCGAAGUACUGUCGGAUCAUGAAGGGGACAGAGACCAAGGUGGUGGUAAAGAUAACGAAAGCAGUUCUUCUAUUAUCUUUGCUGAACUUACCCCAGAAAAAGAAAAGCCUUUGGGGGAGUCUGGUGUUAAAAAGGAGAAUAACAACUUGGUGAGCUACACGGCCAACUUAGUGAUCAGAAACAGCAGUGAAAGUGAAUCGUCCAUGGAGCUCCAAGACGGCCUGACUGGUUUGUCUCUCAGGCCAGUUGUGAAGCAUCAGCUGCCCCUGGGGCAUAGCUCAGAACUGGAAGGGAAUUUUACAUCCACAGAUGAGUCUUCUGAAGGCAACGUGAACGUGCUGGGGCCAACAGAGGUAGAGUCUUUCCAGAGCCCAGGCUGUGUUCGGUACCACCUGAUGUUGCACAUCCAGAUGCAGCUGUGUGAGCUCUCGCUGUGGGACUGGAUAGCUGAGAGGAACAAGCGGAGCCGGGAGUGUGUGGAUGAAGCUGCUUGUCCCUAUGUUAUGGCCAGUGUUGCAACAAAAAUUUUUCAAGAAUUGGUGGAAGGUGUCUUUUACAUACAUAACAUGGGCAUUGUCCACAGAGAUCUGAAGCCUAGAAAUAUUUUUCUUCAUGGCCCUGAUCAGCAAGUAAAAAUAGGAGACUUUGGCCUGGCCUGUGCAGACAUCAUCCAGAACGCAGACUGGACCAACAGAAAUGGGAAAGGAACACCGACACACACAGCCAGAGUGGGCACUUGUCUCUACGCGUCCCCUGAGCAGCUGGAAGGGUCGGAGUAUGAUGCCAAGUCAGAUAUGUAUAGCUUGGGUGUGAUCCUGCUUGAGCUCUUCCAGCCAUUUGGGACAGAAAUGGAGCGAGCCACAGUCUUAACAGGUGUAAGGACUGGUCGGAUACCCGAAUCCCUCAGUAAAAGGUGCCCGGUGCAAGCCAAGUAUAUCCAGCUCCUAACCGGGAGGAAUGCGUCACAGAGACCAUCUGCUCUUCAGCUGCUGCAGAGCGAACUUUUUCAAGCAACUGGAAAUGUUAAUCUCACAUUGCAGAUGAAGAUAAUAGAGCAAGAGAAGGAAAUUGAAGAACUAAAGAAACAACUAAGUCUCCUUUCUCAGGACAGGACUGAAGAGAUGAGCGGGAAAAUGGGGCCUACCUCUGUGGCCUGAAUUAUGCUGUCACUCAUGUGAAAGUGGACUUAAAGUACAGUCAAUAGGAAUAUAAAUUUUCAACCCUUAGCUGAGGAGAGGUCUGACUCCCAAUUGUACUUUACAAACCUGUGUAAAGAUAUAAAAGGACCCCUACUUCCUUUUCCUCAAGGAACCCUUCGAUGACCCAAGACUGAACUAAAUUAAGCCUCUCCUUCCUACCUUUUCCCAAGUUUUGAUUCCUGAAUUUCCUACUUAAGUGUUAUGGCCGACCCCUGAACCUUCAGGUAAGAUAGCACUUUCUUUAAGCCCUGCCUAUUGACAUCCUCUCUCCCCAAGGCUAUACACAGAAAUCAGUGCUCCCUCCCCCACAACUGCUUGUCCCCAGGAUGUAUGCCAGCCUGGCUGCUGUUGCUGUGACAGCUGCAAGUCUUCCUGGUCUUUUCAUACUGCAGCCAUGGCCAGUCACGAAGACACUUGAUCACUCCUUGGCUCCAAACUUCUGUGGGCUGUGCACUGCCUGGAAGGUCAGAGUUCUGCUUCUUAGCACAGUGCACUCUUCCCGCAUCAUCCUGCAGCUUGCCCUCAAGUGAUCUUAGCAGCUGACAUGUUUUCUACCUUUACUUUGAGUAGUCUCUCAGGAUCCAUUUCCUUCUUAAAGCCUCAACUCCCCAAACUACCUGGAAUUCUCAGACAACAAUCUCUGAUGCCAUAAAGUGCCUGCCCCUGGCUGGCAGUCAUCUCUGUGCAUUGCACUUGGUUUUACUGACUUUAAAAUGAAAUAAAAUAAAACCCAUAUAUUA